UCCAAGCCAGGGCAAUUGAAGACUCGCCUUUUGUCCACCAAGCCUUUUGCAAGUUUUAUCUUGGCUUGCUCACAUAGUUCCAUCAAUCACUGAUGAACCUUCUGUAGAAAAUCCGGGCAAAGGCAAUGGCCAGUGCGAUAAGCGGCGCCGCCUCUUCGCCACAAGCAACAAGCGACUGUGGAGGCACCGAUGCGAGUGGAAGUGUGACGCAAGCCUUUCGGCGCUUCGGGGGAUUGAAAGGUCUGAUUUGGAGCAUCCUUUGCACGUUGCCAAAUGUGGCAGCAAUCAUGUGUCUAGCAGAAGGGGUCGUGGUCCAGAACAUGACCCAAAGAGCUGGAAUUCUACUGGGAAGCAAUUUGAUUGGCAAGUCAUUCUACACCCUUGUCAAGGAGCAGAAUGUUAUGUCACUGCAGCGAACCAUCAUGGCAACGAUGCCUUCAACAGAUGCCGCAGAGCCCCCCGCAGAAGACCUGACGCGAACACUGGCGCGACAUCAGCUGGAAGCUCCCAACAGAGGUCCUAUCGAUUUGCUGAUUUCUGCGGUACAUUUGCCCAGCAGCGGAGGUGAGCGCCACAUCUUGAUUCUUCUUAUCGAGCAACCAUCCGAACGUGCUGCCAAUCAGCAGUCUGUGGCCAGCAGUGACAUAUGCCCAAGCGACAGUGUAAGCGUGGGGCGCCGAAGGCCGCAGCUCAUGCGCAGCGAAGUACAAAGGACCAAGCUCCGCGCAUCGUUCUUUUCAACGCGGCAAUCUCAGAGGGAUGGCCUCUCUUCAUCGAAUUCCUCUCCAAGAAGUUCUCUGAGGUGAUGUACGAGCUGGUUUUAGUAGGCUGCCGUGGCGAAAACCACCACGAGACCUACAUGACAUUCACUGAAUGUCAUCGCAGAUUUUCCAUGAUUUUGGCCUGCUGAUCAAUUUGCGUUCCCUUUUGUUCCUCUGAGACUGUGGAACGCUAGCCAGUUGAGCAGCACGGUAGAACGUGUUUCAAUCUGUCAGUCCAUUUUCUUGCACCGAAUACGGUCCAUUUUGUGACACGAUAUCAGUCGGACUCAAAUCCCGGUUCAGUUUCAAAGUCUUUUGCAGGAGAAAA